AUGGAUCAAACUAGAAUUAUUUUGCCAAUGCCAUCGAAUGACUCCCGUCGUAAUCGGUUGAUGAAAAAAGGCGAAGAAAUGCGCGAAAAUUUGAAUAUAAAAAUUUAUGCGACAUUAGAUGAAUACCUUUGCGAUUGUAAUUGUUCAUACGAUGACUACUUGGAUGUAAUUCGUGCCUCCACACCAAGACCUAUAAUUCUUUUGAAACGUUCCAUGGAAGAACUUUGGACCAACCCGUAUAAUAAAUGGGUUGCAAACAAAUUACUGUCAAACAUGGAUCUUCAAUUUAUUCUAGAUGAAUAUUCAUGUGCUGCGUAUGUUGUUGAAUAUGUUAAUAAAACGAACAGAGGUAUUAGUAACUUACAUCUCGAAUUAGUUAAGUUACAAGAAGAAUACCCUGAUCAAGAUUAUGCUUCAUUACUGAAAAAAGUUAGUAUUAAAAUGCUAAAUUCAGUAGAAAUGUGUGCCCAAGAAGCUGCUUGGUACUUACUACGUCAACCAAUGUCAGAAGCCAGCAGGAAAGUACAAUUUAUACCCACCAUGUGGCCACAUGAACGUAUAAAGUCUAGAAAGCAUACUAAACAAAUGGACGAGGAAGGAAUUGAUGAUGAUUCUACCGAUGUUUGGACGCUGAACAUAGUACAAAAAUAUGAAAAGCGUGCAGAUCUCGAUGACAUUUGUUUAGCUGACUUCGUAGCGUGUUACACGAAGGAUAACAGUAACACGAAUUCGUAUAAGAAGCGAAAUGCACCUCGCAUAGUGCGAUGGUUGAAAUAUAAAAUGUCUGAAUUAAACGAUUACAAGCGUGAAAUGGUUCUUCUGUUUCUACCAUUUCGAAAUGAAGCUUGUGAUAUUCUUGAUCGUAACAAGUUCAUUGAUUUGUAUGAUCAAAAUAAAACUAUCAUAUUCGACAAGUUAAAGGAAUAUGAUUGUGAUAUUAAGUUGGAACAGAUCGUCGAAGAAUAUCUUCGUGUUGCAGAAGAAAAUGAAAGUGAUGAUCAACAAAAAUCCAACGAUAAACACAAUGAGUACGUACGGGCCAUAACUAUGGAGCCCAACGAUGAUGAUAUAGAACAGUUGCCUACUGGUGCUCUGUCAGCUGUCAUCAAAAAACGUACCAAUGUCAUGAGCAAACAGGAUUAUUGUGCUAUGGUCAGGGCCACAAAUGUAGAUCAAAGAAAAUUGAUUUUACAUUUGAUUGAUAUUUUGCAUGCGUUCGACGGUAUGAACACGCCUUUGCAGAUAUUCUUCACUGGCCCCGCAGGAUGUGGUAAAACGUUUACUCUGAAAAUAUUGAUGGAGACUUAUAAUCGUUUUAGUCAAGCACACAAUUUGCUUAAAAACGCAUAUGUUGCCUGUGCAUCAACAGGGAAAGCAGCGGUAGCUAUUGGAGGCACUACAGUUCAUUCUGCUUUUCGAAUUUCAAUGGCACGUAGAAGUAGUUCAAAACUUGGGUUCGAAGCACUUCAACUGUAUCCAAUGCUUUUGCAGGCGUUAAAGCGAUUAUUAUCGACGAAGUAA